AUGCCCGCGACAUCUGACGAACUUACUUCUCCAGGGGAAGAACUGGAGUCCCAGUUAUCCAAUUUUCUUCAAGAGCUACAUGACAGCGAUCUCGUGGUUGGUGAUCGUCGCUCUGAGGGUGCGGGGAACUCCAAACUCGCUCAAUACAACACACUGGCAGAAAAACUUGCGGCUAGAAGAAGGAGCCCAUAUCCGGAUCCUAUUACUCUUCCGGUCGAGAUAUUUAUUGCCAUCAUCAAAGAAGCAGUGGCCUACGACGACGCGACGUCCAUGGAAGCGGUUCUUCGACUAACACUUCUUAGUGACAGUUGGCGUGUUGCUUUACUCCAGAUUCCUGAUCUCUGGACAGAGAUUAGUAUCGAAGAUCGCUACAUCGAGAGCUCUGAACUACCGGCACAGAUCCAUUUAGGUGUUACCCUUACCCUAAAGCGACCGAUUACCCUAGCAAUAGAUCAUGAUCUACGCAAAUGGACUAGCAUCCUUCCACUAUUAACUCCCCAUACGCAUCGGAUCCGCCGCAUUCUAGUCAGACCUCCGACAAUGUAUGAGACAAUCCGCACGGACGACGCCUUCUCGUGGGACUUCGAUGACAUUAUCUACUCGUUGGGUCCUCUCCAUGCUUUAGAGGAUCUGACUGUGUGUGGCGAUUUACUUACGUCGAUCGACCAAUGGAAGUUUCUUGUUAAUAUGCCGUCUCUGCGAUACAUAACGGAGACGAGGGCUCCUUUCAGUCGUCUAGUGGCAGAGCCAGGUACCCACUCUCACCUCCGUAUCUUGUACUCGGAGGUAACAGCGGUUGAAUUGCUGAAGCAUCGGUCUCAGCUCCACAACCUCGAGGAAUUAUCUUCAACGGAGGCGUAUGGCCACGAUGCACCAAACUUUCUGACCGAAAACAUCGACUUUGGGCUCCAAUUUGCCGAAAAAUGCAACUCCUCCGAGACGUUUGCCCUGAGAGACUUGGAUUAUCAUCUCAAGACUAAUACUGGUCUUCCCGAACUCAUCCGUCGAAGCCCUCACCUUGUGAGACUUCACUUAUAUAUAUCCUGGAAGGUUCUGGCAGGAAUACUGCCGUACCUUUCAACCUUGUCGUCUCUCAAAACACUUUCUUUCAGUAUAAUGAGAUCCACAGACGAUAAUAUGCGCACUUUUCGACCCAUAGGACUCCCAUUCUUGCUGCCCAUCCGGGAAUUCAGGAUCCGAGUUCAUUGGGAAGGUUUUGAGAGCGCAACCGACACUGUGACCGAAAGACUGGGGAUAAUUUACCAGCAUCUGGAUCCUCUAACGUUGCAACGGUUAUUUAUCUUUUAUCAUGACCUUGAGGAAGAGCUUCCUAUAGCACACAUUAACUUGUUUCGAAACAUCAAAUAUCUUUCCAUCAAGCUCAUCAAUGUAACGUCCCCACUCAGCUUAGCACCCCUGUCCCUGCCUGUCCUGGAAGACCUACUGCUCACGAUGCCUCCCGGGACGCAGGAGACACUUCUGCAGGAGAUGGAGUGUCCUAAGUUGAUGUAUAUUUCAUUGGAUGGCAACGACAAUUGGACAUCCACUCCGAUCGUGAUCAGCGAUUCGACAUUGGAGUGGCUGGAUUCAUUGAGAUGGAUGACCAGGGACCUUCGCUGGGAAAUCACGUCUUUACCCAACCUACGAACACUUUCCCUGCGGGAGGUUCGCUCGAUUAGAUGCGGAGACUUUUGCGUGCACAUGAUUUAUAGGCCAGAGGAUUUUCCUUCGUUGGUCGAAAUAGACUUUGGUGACUUUCCAGAGUGGGAUCUACUAAUCCUCUUCCUCGAGCGGCGCAAUUUUCUCCCAAGCUCCAAGGUUGCCAAACUUCGCGAGCUGACGCUGCCGACGUUUGUGGGUCCGGUACUUGCUUAUACGCUGACCGAGCUUCUCAAGGGGCGUCUAUCGUUUCGUCCCUCCAAUCAAGAACUCUCGAUUGCCUCCUUAGCGAGUUCCUAUUGGGACUCCUCUUGGUAA